AUGGUCAGUUUGUUGCCUUUGGAUUCAGAUGAGGGGGCUAGAGCAGUGGAGAGUUCUUCCUCACAGGCACUGGUUUUAUAUGAAGCAGAUUCCAUUUUGGAACCUUAUGAGGGUAUGGAAUUUGAAUCUGAAGAUGCUGCCAAGAUAUUUUAUGAUGAGUAUGCACGACGUGUUGGAUUUGUAAUGCGUGUGAUGUCAUGCCGUCGAUCUGAGAGAGAUGGUAGGAUUCUUGCCCGUCGACUUGGGUGUAAUAAGGAGGGCCACUGUGUUAGUAUUCGAGGUAAAUUUGGGCCAGUUCGAAAACCACGAGCGAGUACAAGGGAAGGUUGUAAGGCAAUGAUUCACGUGAAGUAUGAUAAAUCCAGUAAAUGGGUGAUUACCAAAUUCAUAAAGGAUCAUAAUCAUCCACUUGUGGUGUCCCCACGUGAAGCUCGUCAAACAAUGGAUGAGAAGGAUAAGAAAAUUCAAGAAUUAACUGCAGAGCUUCGGAAUAAGAAACGGUUGUGCACAACAUAUCAGGAACAGCUAACAGCAUUUACGAAAAUUGUUGAAGAGUAUAGUGACCAGCUAUCGAAGAAAGUUCAAAAUGUUGUAAGCAAUCUUAAAGAAUUUGAGUCCAUAGAUCGGGAGCUUUCGCAACAUAGAUAG